UCAACAUGGAUUCAAUAUGCGGCUAGCAACGACAUGUUUGCGGUCUCUAAGGUCGCCGUCGUCUGCGCUGAGGCCAAGUCCGCGCUUAUGGCGAACUUACAACCGCGUGGCUGCAAAUGGACCGCACACAACGUACUUUCAGCCACCUCCUAAACCGCCGAGACGGAUUCUCAGCACUCUUUUGCUGGGUACAGCAUGCAUAGGCCUUGGUGCAUACGGUCAUGCAUGGCUGUAUGGACUUCCUCUCCUCGGUAUCGGCCUUGAGGACAUCGAAGAGGUCCCGCCUGGCGCGGAUGCCGAAGCUCUGGAAGAAUCUAUGCGUAAUGCCCUCCAAGCAGCAGCAGCCAGCGGUGUAUCUCCCAUGAGUCUAGAGACGUGCCAAGACUUCCUCGAGUCGAGAGCUGGCUAUUCUGUGUCGCACACAGCCGUCUCGCACGUCGCGCAGUUGGGUUCGAACAUUCCCAUCGAAGACACCUGGUCAGGCGGCACCUUCACCUUCUACAACGAUCCAAUGAAGGACUGGUCCGAGUGGGCCAUCUUCGACGGUCAUUCCGGCCCACGGACCGCUCAGGUCCUCAAAGAUCUCUUACCAGAAUUGGUAGGCCAAGCUUUGGGAAGCCCGAGCGCGUCGGAAAGCCAGGUUUCUUGCUUCGACCGACCCUACGUCCCGCACGAUUCAUACAUCAGAGACGUGAUCAAAGAGAUCUUCGUACAGACAGAUACUGAAUUGUUGGAUCGUGCCGUCAACGCUUUGCACGACAAAGUUAUUGAUCCAGUCGAGACUGUCUCUGCGAAAGCGCCAGUCUUCCGCCAUCACAUUUUGAGUCGAUCCGAAGCGAUUUCUUUGGUGGCACCAGUCUUCUCAGGAUCAUGCGCGCUGAUGGCUCUUUAUGAUCCGCACAAACAAGUUCUUCGAGUGGCCAACACUGGGCAUUCAAAGGCAGUGCUGGGUCGAUGGAAUCAAGCCGAGAGCAGUUACGUCGCUCAGCUGAUGUCAUCUGAUCGGCCAGAUUUUGACACCAAUAUGGGUCAGCGUAAGAAGAAUGAGGACCCUGCCGGGUCCGCCAUGGUACCUGAGACGAGAGGGUCUCACGGAGUUUCGGCGCCGCGCUCGUUCGGCGAUGCGAAAUGGAAGUGGCCGGUGGAAGCGACCCGUCGAGCACACGAGCUCCUCUGGGGUCCAGAACCACUGCCGAUUGACUUAGGCGCGAAGCCACCUUAUGUAUCCGCAGAGCCUGAGAUUGCGGAGACAGAGGUCAAGGCGGGUGAACAUUCCGACUUCUUGAUCAUGGCUUCAGACGGUUUCUGGAAGCACAUCAGCUCGGAGGAUGCCGUGAGCUGUGUUCAGAUGUGGCUGGAGAGGAACAAGCCAACAAACUUUCUUGAACCGAUGAAGAAGAAAUCCUUCUUCGGUGCGCUUGGCUUCGAAGGCUACGACCUCCAUUCUUCGUUGCAGAGCUUGGCUGGGCCCUUCGCUCCGAGGGUGGCCAAAAGCCCGGACCGUGAGCAGAACGACGACACUUAUUUCGAUGAGGCCGAAAGGCGUCUCAAGUGGCGUGUCAGCCCGAAACACUUCGUGGUGGAGGACAACCACUGUGGCAUACAUCUCAUUAAGAACGCACUGGGUGGCAAGCGCAGAGACCUGUUCGCCGGCAUAAUGAGUGUACAACCACCUCUCAGUAAAAUGGUGCGUGACGACAUUACCGUGCAAGUCAUCUUCUUUGGAGCUGAUACCCAGGAUACGAUCAAGAAUCAGUAGACGGCCUUGACUGGUGCGCUUUUUAUAUGACAAAGGUAGAAGGUGACAUAGCGUGGCGUUAGAAAGAGCAUGUCUUAGCACCGCAAAUUAGGUAGCCACAGCAAACCAAUUGGCCAAACGAAGUUGAACC